AACGGGAGUCCCGAGAGCAUGAGGAGCCGACCACGUCAGAGAUGACAGAGGAAACCUACCCGCCCAAGGCCUACCGGCCCAAACCCGGGCGCCUCUCUGAGCUGAAGGCUGAGGCCUUGAAGAAGGACCGCCGAAAGAAGCUGACCCUGGCCAAGUUUGUGGGCAUGGCGGAGAACACAGCGCACCCCCGCGUUGUCAUACCUGAGCUCCGGCAAGAGUUUGAGCUGGGCCCCUGCCGCAGGCACAUGGAGGCGUCCCUGCAGGAGCUCAAGAGCAGCCAGCGGAUGGUCCCCCGCGCCGUCCACCUCCCCAACUGUGACCGAAAAGGCUUCUACAAGAGAAAGCAGUGCAAGCCCUCCCGAGGCCGGAAGCGUGGGUUGUGUUGGUGCGUGGACAAAUACGGCAUGAAGCUGCCGGGGACUGACUACCUGAGCGGAGACUUGCAGUGCCACGCGUUCGACAGCAGCAACGUGGAGUGAAGUCACAUCCCCUCCCUCCACCCCAUCACUACCUACCCAAGCUCCCUUCCACCCUCCCCUCUGCACCUCCCCACGCCCCAGGACUCCGAUUCCUUUCAUCUCAUGUAAGAAGAAAAAAAAGAAAGGAAAAGAAAAAAGAGAAAGGAAAGAAAAGGAAAAAAAAGAGAAAGGGAAA